GCGAGCUGUCAAAUGCUUGUUGCUUGUGUCAAAUCUGUGCUACAAAGUAACGAAGAGAAAUCAAGCACCCAGUUGUUUUCAUCUGAAAGUGUCUAUAGCUAGGUAAUACGACAACAAUUAAGUGGACCAUUGAACAGCACCUUGUCCUCUUCACUUGACGUGAUGAUGAGAUCACCAACAGAAAGUGCCUUUCAGACAACGUCUCCAACUUCAACCUGCUUUCUGGUCCAAAUGUGCAUGGGAAGCCAACAACACUCCCUUUUAGGCCAGGCCUGAGCAGUGACAGGGGAUACUUCAGCUGCAAAUCUUCAGCAGCCUCCAAUUCAUUUCUGAACGACUCCAGUGGCUAAGGAAUCAAAGAGGAAAGAUUUACUGGAGGGGAGAACUGCCAAAGCACAAAUUGGGUGAAGUUGGCAAAGUCAAUACCAGGCAAGUCUUCAUUAAUAUUCUUUCAAGGAGCUCCGUUGCCUCGACAUACUAUUAAUGAGAGUGUCCUUGUCAGUGGAGGAGGAUAGGCACACGGGUGUGUCACAACAGAGCAAACCCCUCAACCCCUCCAGAGGUCUCCCAUUGGUGCAAACUGAUUGAUGAGUGAUUGCUCGUUGAUCGAUUAGCCUUCCUCCCGGCUGAUGCAGUGAGGCCAGUCUGGUUGCUUCAUAUGAUUUGAGAACUUUUCAAACAAUAAUCAGACGGACACAAAAGUUGUCAACUCAACCGAUACAUUGGACUGGCAGCGUUUGAUUGGAACCUCUUGACAUGGCUCUCAAUAUAUCUUCAAUAAGGGACACGAAAUGGCUGACGUUGGAAGUGUGUCGGCAGUUUCAGAGAGGAACUUGCUCACGGAGUGAUGAGGAAUGCAAAUUUGCACACCCACCAACGAGCUGCCAGGUUGAAAAUGGAAGAGUUAUUGCCUGCUUCGAUUCGUUAAAGGGUCGAUGUUCAAGAGAAAACUGUAAGUACCUUCAUCCACCUUCUCAUUUAAAAACCCAGCUAGAGAUUAACGGCCGCAACAACCUCAUCCAGCAGAAGACAGCAGCAGCCAUGCUUGCCCAGCAGAUGCACUUCAUGAUCCCAGGCACGAGCAUGCAGCCUGUACCUACGUUCAAUGUCACCCAGGGGCUUGGUACGAGCCCAGGUCUCAGCUACUCUCCUUACCUUACACCCAUGACAUCCAUGAGCCAUGGAAUGAGCCUGAUGCCCACGGAGAUGCUCCCCAGCACCCCAGUCAUGGUCCCUGGAAGUCCCCCAGUCACAGUCCAGAGCUCCAACUCGUCCUCCUCUUCCCCCUCACAGAAGCUGUUGCGCAUCGACAAACUGGAGGUGUGUCGUGAGUUCCAGCGGGGGACCUGUGCGCGAGGCGAGACGGACUGCCGCUUUGCCCACCCCAGCGACAGCCCCAUGAUCGACACCAGCGACAACACUGUCACCGUCUGCAUGGACUACAUCAAGUCGCGCUGCUCCAGGGAGAAGUGCAAGUACUUCCACCCCCCUGCUCACUUACAGGCCAAAAUCAAAUCCUCUCAACACCAGGUCAACCAUACGGCCGUGGCAGCUCAGGCAGCAGCUGCAGCCAUGACUCAGUCGACUGCCAAAGCAAUGAAGCGACCCCUCGAGGCAACUGUAGACCUGGCGUUCCCCUAUGGCUGCCUGCAGCCCCUACCAAAAAGACAAGCACUGGAGAAGAACCACGGGGCCAGCUCCUUCUUCAACCCCAGUAUGUUCCACUACCAGCAGGCUCUGGCCAACGCACAGCUCCAGCAGACAGCUGCGUUCUAUCCCACAGAUCAUCCUCAAGUAACAAACACGGAAGGAACAGAGUGUCAAGACGCUGCCCUUAGAGGUCCUAAACAGCCCUUCUGUAAAUACUACAUUUGCUCCACACGAGAACUAGAGCAACCUGCAUGCUGAGAAGAAGAUUACUGAGGCAAUGUAUAACAUUGAGCUAUGGUAAAAUAUACAUAUGAUAUACCAGUGUUGCUAGGACUACUACCAUUGCUGAUAUGUAAAUGACUGAUUUAUUAUAAUGUAUACACACAUGAUUGGGGAUUGUGAAGAUUUAAUUGUAAAGGUAUUCAACAAUUACUUUUAUGACCUUUUUUAAUGUUUUGUUAAAACUACACAACACUUACCCAAAUCAAACUUAUUUUUUAGCAGAAAUUAGUGUGCAUCUAAGUGCUUGAUUGCUUUUAUUUAAAACACAGACCAUUGGAAAAUUAUCUUGUUUUUACCCCACAUAAAAAUGUACGCUUGGCUUGUGCAUCAGGCUAGAAGGAGUGCCCGUGUUGUUCUUGUAAAGGAUGAAUGUGCCGGAGGAUGGAUAGUCUGUCGUUGUUUAUCUAGUGGUUGUUCUCUGAGUACAGGAUCACUGCUCCCCCUCCCGGUGUGCCUUGGCCCCCUCUAUGAUGAAGGAACAACACAUUGACUAAGACAUGAUAAUAGCAGAAAAUUGAAGUCUUCUUCCUUAUGGUGGCCAAAUGGCAAUGAUGUAAUAAUCAGCCACUAAUUCCAGAAUUGAUCAUGUAUCUAGCGACCACUGGUUCCAAGGUUCUGUCUGCGCUGCGCAGCUUGUGUUAUGUCUAUGGGGCCCUUGGUUGCCUUGGCAUCCAUCGAAGAAAUACCAGAUGUGCCAAUGACCUAGCAGAGUGAUUGGUGGGCUGAAAAUAAGCCACCUUAGAGGAACUGAAAGGCUGAGUAAGAGUGGUGAGCUGUUACAGACAUUAAAGGGGUUGGGUGGUUAUACUCCCAAGGCCACAGACAUUAAAGGGGGACGUGAAUGAUAAUAAAUCAAAAGAAAGGUACAGUACAUGUGGUGAUCUUUGUUAAAAAGGCUGACUUACACAUUACGGGAGGUCACUUGUUAAUCCUGACUUAUUUUAACUGUAGAAGUGCCUAAAGUAAUGUAUAUAACAAGCGUCUUGAAAAGGCUCUAUGUGAAAAAUAUUCCACAUUAAAUAGAAAACCCUCACAAUUUUUCAAAACACUCCACAGUCUCACAAUAAUCACAUCUGGAAGACAAUGAACAACCAUUUAUGUGAUGUGAAUUCAGUGCAUUGGUACUCUUUGUACAGUGGGAUAGUUUAAGUGCUUUAACUUUUCAUUGACCUUUGACUUUUAAGUUCCAAUAUCUGACAGAUCUGAACAUGACUGCUUUGGCAUGAUGUUCAGUGAGGGUUCAUUAUGUAACAUGGUUUAUCUUAAUUCUUAAUGAGUUUAAAGUUGAUUGGAGAUGAGAUUAGAAAAGCGGAUAUGUAUCGUAAUUCUAUGUUGCUAACUCAUUCUUCUCUUUACACAGCUGUCUUGAUCAUAUCCUCACGUUUAAUGCAUCGAUAUCAUAGUCUAACACCUUUCCAGUAGAAUGGAUCACAAAUGUUUUAGUGGUAGGUCGUGGUCACAUUACAAAUGUAAUGAAACUCAUAUAACCCUACAUAUAUUAUUGUCAAAGCUGAAUUGUAUUUACAAACUGGUCUGUAAAACUAGCACUUACAAACACCAGAUUUAUCCACCAAUGCACCAGUGCAAAGUCUAUACCUGUUAUUUACAGUAGGGUAUAAAAGACUCAUGAAGCCAGUUAUUUACAGUAGGGUAUAAAAGACUCAUGAAGCCAGUUAUUUACAGUAGGGUGUAAAAGACUCAUGAAGCCAGUUAUUUACAGUGGGGUAUAAAAGACUCAUGAAGCCAGUUAUUUACAGUAGGGUAUAAAAGACUCAUGAAGCCAGUUAUUUACAGUAGGGUAUAAAAGACUCAUGAAACCUGUUAUUUACAGUAGGGUAUAAAAAGACUCAUGAAGCCAGUUAUUUACAGUAGGGUAUAAAAGACUCAUGAAGCCAGUUAUUUACAGUAGGGUAUAAAAGACUCAUGAAGCCAGUUAUUUACAGUGGGGUAUAAAAGACUCAUGAAGCCAGUUAUUUACAGUAGGGUAUAAAAGACUCAUGAAGCCAGUUAUUUACAGUGGGGUAUAAAAGACUCAUGAAACCUGUUAUUUACAGUAGGCUAUAAAAAGACUCAUGAAGCCAGUUAUUUACAGUAGGGUAUAAAAGACUCAUGAAGCCAGUUAUUUACAGUAGGGUGUAAAAGACUCAUGAAGCCAGUUAUUUACAGUAGGGUAUAAAAGACUCAUGAAGCCAGUUAUUUACAGUAGGGUAUAAAAGACUAAUGAAACCAGUUAUUUACAGUAGGGUGUAAAAGACUCAUGAAGACAGUUAUUUACAGUAGGGUAUAAAAGACUCAUGAAGCCAGUUAUUUACAGUAGGGUAUAAAAGACAAAAACGAAUCUAAAACCAUUGAACUAUUUACAUUUAUCUACACGUAACAUUAUUGUACCUUUUGCUCAAACUUGUAUGUUUUAUUUGCUCUUGAAAAUAACAGUUAAAAACUUCACGCUGGUGCACAGUCUAAACACAGUCUUUCAUUCUCCUCUUCACAUUUAGUGUGUGAGUGAAAUCUGUAUGUGUCGAAAACCUCAUCAGUAUCAUGAUAUAUUUUCAUGAUGUUUGAUCAACUCAGACAAUCCACAGUGAGACUCCUUGACGCACAUCCUUACCAUCUUUGUCCUUUUCUUAUUUUUAUUUUCAGAAAAGUUCAUUUUUAUGUAAUUAUUGAUGGAAAUAAAUGGAAUAUACUUAGUUUUAUUUGUUUAACAUUAGUUAUUGAACAAUGUUGUAUUCUAUUCUAAAAAUGAAUGUAAUUUAUUAAGCUGAGCUUUGCUCUGCUGGUGGUUCCUCAAAGGACGUGUCCUGUCACGUUAGCCUAUGAAAAGCCGUCUGUGGUCAGGGAUGGAAUGUUGGCGCUACCAAUGGCAAGCUUCCACAUCUCAUCCUGGUCACUGCCUUGUCAACUAUACAGGACACCAUACUGCAUUACAAGCAAGGCUGUAGAAUUGCUUUUAUUAUGUAUAAAAACAGUUUAUUGUAUAGGUCACAGUCUACCAAAAAAUGUACUUUUCAUUGUAGUACACUAUCAUUUCAGAACUAUAUUAAUUUGUCUCCUAAAGUUGCAGUGAUGGAAGCUCUGUAUUUUUGGAAAUGAUGUCAUUGUUGUAUUUUCUAGAGCACUGUAACACACUAUAUUGUAUUGCCGGAAUCUGAGCAUUUCCUAUUUUAUGGCAAAAAUGAUAUACAACAAUAUUUUCAGUAUCAUAUUGCCUUUGUAUCACAGUACUAUAUUCAUUUAGCAUUUGACAGCCUACCCAUGGCAUUUAAAUGCUCAUUAAUAAAUGCUCUGAUCUUUCUAUUCCACCAGAUAAAAAGCAUCCCUGGACUCAUACAGACAAGGGAAAACUCAAAAAGCACUUUGUUCCCAGAAUAUAAUAAUUUUUACACUGCAGAAAACUAUGUUAAACAUAUAGUUGUGGGUAUGGCUAAUGUGGCAGUGAUUCUCCUAAAUUAUGUCAAUUGUUCAACGAAGGCGUCUUUCACAAGAAAAAAUGUCUCUAUGAAAAUGUAUGUUUAUUUCAAUGUUAAUUUCAACUUGAUUUUUGCUAAAUGUUUUGAAUGUUAUUAUAGCUAGAUAACUCUGCACCUGAAAGUCAGUUGAGAUUUUAGACCACCCAAUCAAAAGUGUUGGACAGUCAGAAUGUGUUCACUUUUACUGACCCAAUGGUAACAUGAUUCCUUAGCACUUUGUGAACAGUUGGUAAACUGAGCUGAGCAGACUAGCGUAUUAGUGAUCUUUGCCUUGCCUUUGAUGUAUUGUUCUUAAGUUGUUAUGUGUUAGGACUCAUGAAAUAUAAGGAUUGUAAUUAGUCUAUUGCAAUUAGUGAAAUAUGCUGUUUAAAUUCUCACUACAGACAUUUUCAUUUUGAGGUCAAAAUGGUAGAUUGUAAAGAGUGCAGUCAAGUACUUCACUGAGAAAAGCUUGACGAUGAGAAAUGUGACGGGUGCCAUUCUAAAUGGCUGAGCUACAGUUACUGCAGGACUGUGUUUAAACUGCUGUGCUGGUUCACAUACGGUUCCAUCUGUAAUGCCGUACUCUAGAACAGAGGGGAAAAGGACAAACAGUUACUCAUUUUGAAUCUAUUCAUGUGGCAAUUUUAAAUGUUUUAUUUGUGCUCUUUUAUGUUAUAUACAGUCGUUUUGGUAAAUGCAAAAUUGUGUCAAAUCUAAUGUUAAAAAAAACAAAUAAAAGUUUAAGUUUAA